GCCUACGCUGACGUUCGUUUCAUCGACGUUGACGCGGAACAGACAGUGCAACAAUACGAUGAUGUGCUGAAUGAGUUGUCGAGUGAAAUCGAAGACGAAAGCCUGCUAUGCGAUUCAGUCGAUCAUUUUAUCACUGAAAUGAACGCUAUUUGUGAAUCGCUUGCUAAGCAACCAACAAAGGAGACUAUUGAGAACAUAGAACAGUUCCAAAUUCCAGCAUUACGAGCACAACUUUCGAUGCUACAACAGAAACAUGAUGAAGCCAAUCACGGUCGUAAGCAUGUUGAUCCAGACUCGUCGCGCUUGUCGAUUUUGAACGAUCGUAUGGGUUCGUUGGAUGCGUUACUCCGCGAUGCGAAAGCAUCGACAGAGAAGGACGAACAGGAUCGCCUCAACGAACGACUUCGAAUCGGAAUAUUCGAAUUACAAUCGAUACCUCUUCGUGAUUUAUCUGAAAAGUCGUUGGAUGACAUCGAGAAAGAAAUCCAUGUUCUGCCAAGUGAAAACGCAGAACCACUUCAGAAGCAGAUCGACGACAUGCGUAAGUCGAAGAAACAACAUGACGAUGACCUACGACAAGCACAAGAACGUUUGGCUAUGAUCGAAGAUGCGAUCGCAACGCUUCCAUCUACACGUGAUAUUGAGACACUUGAAGCGAAUUUGGGACGUAUGCGAGACGCUCGAGAUAGUUUAGCGAAUGUAUCACCAGAUCUGUUAGCUGAAGAGAAUAUUGGGAACAGAGUGGAGGAUCUGAGAAAAACCAUUGACGAUUUAUCGAAACGUGAUGAAGAAGAGCUACAGAAGAUGCUAAUUGAUCGUGAUACUCGCAACAACGCCAUCGAGUCAUUGGAGCAAAUUCAGCGUGAAGUGGAAGAGCUGGAGAAAGCCCUACCAAUAACGUUGCCGUCUUCAUCUGAUUUAAUUGAUUUCCAACAAGCUAGAACACCAAAGCUACUCUCCAAACUCGAUGCAAUAUCUGAUGUUCCAGUCGAUUUGCUACCAAAGAAAGAAGAUCUUUCAAAUCGAAUCGACAUGAUUAACAAGAAAUUAGACGAUCAAGUGCAUGAAAUGGAGGAUUUCGAACAGAAAACUGUUGACUUGCAAAACGUUGUUGAUGAAUGCCGUGGUAAACUGAGAAUUCGUGAUACACCUGCUCCUAUCGAUGAUGUGACUAAGGAUGAGCAAGAUCUGUCAGCAAUUCUUGUCGCUGUCGAUUCAAUUCCACAAGAAGAUCUUUCACCGAGGAAUCAAUUGGCUCGAGAUGUGAACAAUAUUAAAGAACAAGUGAAGGGUCAAUUGGCAACCUUGCGGAAAGCUCUACCGGAUGAAAUGAAAGCACGUCAACAACAAGAUGAACUCAAGGAUCGCCUAUCAAGUAUUGCUGAUGCUUUGACAAGAGUCGAUCCUGAGAAUUUGGAAUCAGCUAAGCAACAAAUGGCAUCAAUUGAUACUGAACUACAGAAACUGAGUGGUGUCGCGGAUGCGUAUCAGCAAUUCGCUACCAGCCCAUCAUCAGUUGUCAGUCACGAUGAUCUCGAUAAGACUCUACCGGAACAAGUGCAGAAGUUGAAGAAGGAAUGUGAUGAGAAGAAGAAGGAUAUCGAACAGAUUGCGCAGUUGAAGUCAGUUGCGCCUGAGAUUCUUCUCAUUUCCGAAAGUCUACAGCAACAACCUGAAGAGAUACCACACAAUCUCAACGAUCAGCAAUCAGUGCUUGAGGAACUCGAGACAAAGAAGCAACGUCUUGAAAAUCUCAUACAAACGAUCCCUGUUGGCGAAGCGACGGAAGAGCUGCGACAGAGGAGCGCAUGGGAUCUGUCGAGACUGAAAGAUCUACUGAAAAGGCUUGGUGAUUCAGUUGGAGAUAAGCUUGCUGCGUUAGCUGCAUUCAAUGUUGCACGCAAAGAUGCUGAAGAUCAACUGUUGAUGAUCACUAGCCCAGAAAGUUGUUGCUGUAGACUUUCGGAAAUGAGAAGAAUCUCAGGCGCAACUGACUUCAACUGCGCAAUCUGUUCGAUAUCCUUCUUCUUCUCAUCACAUUCCUUCUUCAAUCGCAUAACUUCCGAGACAAAGAAGCAACGUCUUGAAAAUCUCAUACAAACGAUCCCUGUUGGCGAAGCGACGGAAGAGCUGCGACAGAGGAGCGCAUGGGAUCUGUCGAGACUGAAAGAUCUACUGAAAAGGCUUGGUGAUUCAGUUGGAGAUAAGCUUGCUGCGUUAGCUGCAUUCAAUGUUGCACGCAAAGAUGCUGAAGAUCAACUGUUGAUGAUCACUAGCCCAGAAAGUGACGAUAGAACACCUGAUGAUUUGAAAAAGGACGAAGAAUCGCUUCAAAGACUUCAGCAGAGUAUUUCUCAACUUGACAGUAGCGAUCUGGAUGAUGAACAACGUGAUGAACAUGCCCAACUGUUGGAUCGCAUCAAUAGGACGCUAGCUAUCCUAAAGCAACGUCGAAGCGAUAUAGAAGCAGAGAUUGCCCAGCGUACGGCCGAUGAAGCGCUAAGAGAUGCAAUCGCUCCGGUGACGAAUCGUCUUGCUCAACUUGUCAAUGAUGCUGAUCGCUUGUUAGGAGAUGCCGAAGGAGUACCAGCACAAUAUAGACCAAGUGCUGAAGAGCUGAGCAAUGAAUGCAAGAAAGCUGUUGAACUUCUACGGAACGCUCCUAAGACUCAUCCAUCCGUGGAAACUCUUGAAACUGCGCUUUCAUCCGCUGAGAACAUGAUUCCAGUUCUAGAGGAACGUGCGAAUAAUUGGGAUGAAUUUGUGAAGGUGAGGGAUGAAGCCGAUGUUGAAUUGGACAAAUUGAGGCAACCACUUGAUGAAGUGUUGGCGAAACCACGUAGAACAAUCAACGAUGCCAAACUUGACUUUGAUGUAAUAUCUGCCGAACGUCAAAAAUCUCAUAUACUCGAUGGUAAAGUUCGUCGACUUCAAGAACUCUCGGAACUGCUUGAUCCUUUGGACAGCGCCUACGCUGACGUUCGUUUCAUCGACGUUGACGCGGAACAGACAGUGCAACAAUACGAUGAUGUGCUGAAUGAGUUGUCGAGUGAAAUCGAAGACGAAAGCCUGCUAUGCGAUUCAGUCGAUCAUUUUAUCACUGAAAUGAACGCUAUUUGUGAAUCGCUUGCUAAGCAACCAACAAAGGAGACUAUUGAGAACAUAGAACAGUUCCAAAUUCCAGCAUUACGAGCACAACUUUCGAUGCUACAACAGAAACAUGAUGAAGCCAAUCACGGUCGUAAGCAUGUUGAUCCAGACUCGUCGCGCUUGUCGAUUUUGAACGAUCGUAUGGGUUCGUUGGAUGCGUUACUCCGCGAUGCGAAAGCAUCGACAGAGAAGGACGAACAGGAUCGCCUCAACGAACGACUUCGAAUCGGAAUAUUCGAAUUACAAUCGAUACCUCUUCGUGAUUUAUCUGAAAAGUCGUUGGAUGACAUCGAGAAAGAAAUCCAUGUUCUGCCAAGUGAAAACGCAGAACCACUUCAGAAGCAGAUCGACGACAUGCGUAAGUCGAAGAAACAACAUGACGAUGACCUACGACAAGCACAAGAACGUUUGGCUAUGAUCGAAGAUGCGAUCGCAACGCUUCCAUCUACACGUGAUAUUGAGACACUUGAAGCGAAUUUGGGACGUAUGCGAGACGCUCGAGAUAGUUUAGCGAAUGUAUCACCAGAUCUGUUAGCUGAAGAGAAUAUUGGGAACAGAGUGGAGGAUCUGAGAAAAACCAUUGACGAUUUAUCGAAACGUGAUGAAGAAGAGCUACAGAAGAUGCUAAUUGAUCGUGAUACUCGCAACAACGCCAUCGAGUCAUUGGAGCAAAUUCAGCGUGAAGUGGAAGAGCUGGAGAAAGCCCUACCAAUAACGUUGCCGUCUUCAUCUGAUUUAAUUGAUUUCCAACAAGCUAGAACACCAAAGCUACUCUCCAAACUCGAUGCAAUAUCUGAUGUUCCAGUCGAUUUGCUACCAAAGAAAGAAGAUCUUUCAAAUCGAAUCGACAUGAUUAACAAGAAAUUAGACGAUCAAGUGCAUGAAAUGGAGGAUUUCGAACAGAAAACUGUUGACUUGCAAAACGUUGUUGAUGAAUGCCGUGGUAAACUGAGAAUUCGUGAUACACCUGCUCCUAUCGAUGAUGUGACUAAGGAUGAGCAAGAUCUGUCAGCAAUUCUUGUCGCUGUCGAUUCAAUUCCACAAGAAGAUCUUUCACCGAGGAAUCAAUUGGCUCGAGAUGUGAACAAUAUUAAAGAACAAGUGAAGGGUCAAUUGGCAACCUUGCGGAAAGCUCUACCGGAUGAAAUGAAAGCACGUCAACAACAAGAUGAACUCAAGGAUCGCCUAUCAAGUAUUGCUGAUGCUUUGACAAGAGUCGAUCCUGAGAAUUUGGAAUCAGCUAAGCAACAAAUGGCAUCAAUUGAUACUGAACUACAGAAACUGAGUGGUGUCGCGGAUGCGUAUCAGCAAUUCGCUACCAGCCCAUCAUCAGUUGUCAGUCACGAUGAUCUCGAUAAGACUCUACCGGAACAAGUGCAGAAGUUGAAGAAGGAAUGUGAUGAGAAGAAGAAGGAUAUCGAACAGAUUGCGCAGUUGAAGUCAGUUGCGCCUGAGAUUCUUCUCAUUUCCGAAAGUCUACAGCAACAACCUGAAGAGAUACCACACAAUCUCAACGAUCAGCAAUCAGUGCUUGAGGAACUCGAGACAAAGAAGCAACGUCUUGAAAAUCUCAUACAAACGAUCCCUGUUGGCGAAGCGACGGAAGAGCUGCGACAGAGGAGCGCAUGGGAUCUGUCGAGACUGAAAGAUCUACUGAAAAGGCUUGGUGAUUCAGUUGGAGAUAAGCUUGCUGCGUUAGCUGCAUUCAAUGUUGCACGCAAAGAUGCUGAAGAUCAACUGUUGAUGAUCACUAGCCCAGAAAGUGACGAUAGAACACCUGAUGAUUUGAAAAAGGACGAAGAAUCGCUUCAAAGACUUCAGCAGAGUAUUUCUCAACUUGACAGUAGCGAUCUGGAUGAUGAACAACGUGAUGAACAUGCCCAACUGUUGGAUCGCAUCAAUAGGACGCUAGCUAUCCUAAAGCAACGUCGAAGCGAUAUAGAAGCAGAGAUUGCCCAGCGUACGGCCGAUGAAGCGCUAAGAGAUGCAAUCGCUCCGGUGACGAAUCGUCUUGCUCAACUUGUCAAUGAUGCUGAUCGCUUGUUAGGAGAUGCCGAAGGAGUACCAGCACAAUAUAGACCAAGUGCUGAAGAGCUGAGCAAUGAAUGCAAGAAAGCUGUUGAACUUCUACGGAACGCUCCUAAGACUCAUCCAUCCGUGGAAACUCUUGAAACUGCGCUUUCAUCCGCUGAGAACAUGAUUCCAGUUCUAGAGGAACGUGCGAAUAAUUGGGAUGAAUUUGUGAAGGUGAGGGAUGAAGCCGAUGUUGAAUUGGACAAAUUGAGGCAACCACUUGAUGAAGUGUUGGCGAAACCACGUAGAACAAUCAACGAUGCCAAACUUGACUUUGAUGUAAUAUCUGCCGAACGUCAAAAAUCUCAUAUACUCGAUGGUAAAGUUCGUCGACUUCAAGAACUCUCGGAACUGCUUGAUCCUUUGGACAGCGCCUACGCUGACGUUCGUUUCAUCGACGUUGACGCGGAACAGACAGUGCAACAAUACGAUGAUGUGCUGAAUGAGUUGUCGAGUGAAAUCGAAGACGAAAGCCUGCUAUGCGAUUCAGUCGAUCAUUUUAUCACUGAAAUGAACGCUAUUUGUGAAUCGCUUGCUAAGCAACCAACAAAGGAGACUAUUGAGAACAUAGAACAGUUCCAAAUUCCAGCAUUACGAGCACAACUUUCGAUGCUACAACAGAAACAUGAUGAAGCCAAUCACGGUCGUAAGCAUGUUGAUCCAGACUCGUCGCGCUUGUCGAUUUUGAACGAUCGUAUGGGUUCGUUGGAUGCGUUACUCCGCGAUGCGAAAGCAUCGACAGAGAAGGACGAACAGGAUCGCCUCAACGAACGACUUCGAAUCGGAAUAUUCGAAUUACAAUCGAUACCUCUUCGUGAUUUAUCUGAAAAGUCGUUGGAUGACAUCGAGAAAGAAAUCCAUGUUCUGCCAAGUGAAAACGCAGAACCACUUCAGAAGCAGAUCGACGACAUGCGUAAGUCGAAGAAACAACAUGACGAUGACCUACGACAAGCACAAGAACGUUUGGCUAUGAUCGAAGAUGCGAUCGCAACGCUUCCAUCUACACGUGAUAUUGAGACACUUGAAGCGAAUUUGGGACGUAUGCGAGACGCUCGAGAUAGUUUAGCGAAUGUAUCACCAGAUCUGUUAGCUGAAGAGAAUAUUGGGAACAGAGUGGAGGAUCUGAGAAAAACCAUUGACGAUUUAUCGAAACGUGAUGAAGAAGAGCUACAGAAGAUGCUAAUUGAUCGUGAUACUCGCAACAACGCCAUCGAGUCAUUGGAGCAAAUUCAGCGUGAAGUGGAAGAGCUGGAGAAAGCCCUACCAAUAACGUUGCCGUCUUCAUCUGAUUUAAUUGAUUUCCAACAAGCUAGAACACCAAAGCUACUCUCCAAACUCGAUGCAAUAUCUGAUGUUCCAGUCGAUUUGCUACCAAAGAAAGAAGAUCUUUCAAAUCGAAUCGACAUGAUUAACAAGAAAUUAGACGAUCAAGUGCAUGAAAUGGAGGAUUUCGAACAGAAAACUGUUGACUUGCAAAACGUUGUUGAUGAAUGCCGUGGUAAACUGAGAAUUCGUGAUACACCUGCUCCUAUCGAUGAUGUGACUAAGGAUGAGCAAGAUCUGUCAGCAAUUCUUGUCGCUGUCGAUUCAAUUCCACAAGAAGAUCUUUCACCGAGGAAUCAAUUGGCUCGAGAUGUGAACAAUAUUAAAGAACAAGUGAAGGGUCAAUUGGCAACCUUGCGGAAAGCUCUACCGGAUGAAAUGAAAGCACGUCAACAACAAGAUGAACUCAAGGAUCGCCUAUCAAGUAUUGCUGAUGCUUUGACAAGAGUCGAUCCUGAGAAUUUGGAAUCAGCUAAGCAACAAAUGGCAUCAAUUGAUACUGAACUACAGAAACUGAGUGGUGUCGCGGAUGCGUAUCAGCAAUUCGCUACCAGCCCAUCAUCAGUUGUCAGUCACGAUGAUCUCGAUAAGACUCUACCGGAACAAGUGCAGAAGUUGAAGAAGGAAUGUGAUGAGAAGAAGAAGGAUAUCGAACAGAUUGCGCAGUUGAAGUCAGUUGCGCCUGAGAUUCUUCUCAUUUCCGAAAGUCUACAGCAACAACCUGAAGAGAUACCACACAAUCUCAACGAUCAGCAAUCAGUGCUUGAGGAACUCGAGACAAAGAAGCAACGUCUUGAAAAUCUCAUACAAACGAUCCCUGUUGGCGAAGCGACGGAAGAGCUGCGACAGAGGAGCGCAUGGGAUCUGUCGAGACUGAAAGAUCUACUGAAAAGGCUUGGUGAUUCAGUUGGAGAUAAGCUUGCUGCGUUAGCUGCAUUCAAUGUUGCACGCAAAGAUGCUGAAGAUCAACUGUUGAUGAUCACUAGCCCAGAAAGUGACGAUAGAACACCUGAUGAUUUGAAAAAGGACGAAGAAUCGCUUCAAAGACUUCAGCAGAGUAUUUCUCAACUUGACAGUAGCGAUCUGGAUGAUGAACAACGUGAUGAACAUGCCCAACUGUUGGAUCGCAUCAAUAGGACGCUAGCUAUCCUA